AUGGCAGACAGGAAAAGCUUCAUCACGCCAGAACGACACGGAUCCAGACACCCACUUAAUGACCUGCAAAGUCUAGCUAAUAAAUAUCAUUGUGAUAUAUCUGGUGUAGAGUUCGUCAAACGCAUGGACGAGCAAGAUACAUUGAGAGGUUUACGUCACGAAUAUCAUCUUCCGAAAAUGAAGGAUAUACCAGAAGUUGACAAAAGUUUGGUAAAUCCAGAUUCAGAAUGUAUAUAUUUCGUCGGAAACUCUCAAGGUCCCUGUCCAAAGGAAACCGGCGAAAACAUCAACUUGGAGCUGUCGAAAUGGGCUAAACUUGGAUUCAAUGGAUUCACAGAUCACAACGUAGGCCUUCCCUGGGCAACAUGUGACGAAGAUCUUGAGACAAGUAUGGCUACCCUCGUAGGGUCCGUGCCUGGAGAAGUGGCCAUCAUGAAUGGGUUAUCAGUAAACAUGCAUUUGAUGCUGGUGUCAUUCUAUCGCCCAACUCCUAAACGUCACAAAAUUUUAUGCGAGAAGAAUGCUUUCCCAUCCGAUUACUACGCAUUUCAAAGUCAAAUAUCUUUAAACGGAUAUGAUCCAAGCACAAGUUUGAUAUACGUUGAACCUCGAAAGGGCGAUGAGACGUUACGUAUGGAAGACAUACUGGCGAAGAUAACAACAGAGGGUGAAUCUAUAGCGGUGAUUUGCCUAGGUGGCGUACAGUUCAUAACCGGGCAAGUCCUUGACAUGCAGUCUAUAACACUGUGUGGGCAUGCUAAGGGAUGUUAUGUUGGAUUUGAUUUGGCGCACGCUGUUGCCAAUGUUCCCCUUUAUCUGCAUGAUUGGAAAGUUGACUUUGCUUGCUGGUGUACUUACAAGUACAUCAACUCUGUUCCUGGAGGAUUAGGUUGUAUCUUCAUACACAACACUCAUGAACGGAACGAUUUUCCAAAACUUCUCGGCUGGUGGGGACAUAAGGCAGAGAGCAGAUUCGAUAUGGACAACAAGAUGAAUCUGUCAACUGGCGCUCGUGGAUACAGAAUCACGAACCCGCCGCCAUUAUUGUGCGCAUCUAUCAAGACCAGCCUUGAUAUAUUUAACAAGACGACUAUGGAGGAUAUUCGUGCGAAAUCCAGACUCAUGACUGCUUAUCUGGAAUUCCUCAUCACUGACCGAUAUAAACACGGCGACAGCACCGAUUCCAUACCUCCCAUUAAAGUCAUCACACCGUCCGACCCAGAACAACGUGGAAACCAAAUGUCGUUAACAUUCCCAAACCAGGAUGUGGCAGCUGUUUUUGAAGAGCUUGGAAAAAGAGGUGUAUUGUGUACCGCCAGAAAGGGUUUCGUUAUACGUAUCGCCAUGGCACCGCUCUACAACUCCUUUGAUGACAUCCAUCGUUUCAUGACGUAUUUAGACCAGGCACUUAAAGCUGCUGUCACAAAAUAA